UAACACAUGAUCUGUCAUGUUAAAUGCUUUUAUAUUAUGCAUAGAUAUUCAAGAAGACAGUGUAAAAUUUAAUUUAUCGAAGAGGUGAAAAUAUAAAUAUAUUACCACUAUCGUAUAUAUGUAGACAAUUUGAACCCAGGAAAAAAAUUUCUUAUUUAUUUCAAUACACAAUCUACUAAAACAAUGUCGGAUUUGAGUGGCGCCGGAGGCACAUUUCCUAGCCCUCCAUCGCCUCCUCUUAUCAGUCGACAAUUAGAUUCCACUUCCCCUCUCUCCCCCGCUCUCUCUCAUUCCCCUCCAUUUAACUAUCAUGAACAACAAAACACGAACGUUAUUCCACAUCCCAGCGAUAAAGGACCCACUAUACUAGAAACUAAAAUUAUCUACCAUCUCGACGACCAAAGCACACCUUAUCUAGUAAAACUUCCAAUACCUCCUGACACCAUAACAUUGGGCGAUUUGAAAAAAUACAUACCCCCCAACUCAAAUAAUAUCGGGAACUCAGCCACUAACAAUAGUAAUAACAGCGAAAACGAGUUUGGGGAUUACAAAUAUUUUUUUAAAUCAAUGGACGAUGAUUUUGGAGUAGUCAAAGAAGAAAUAGUAGAGGAUAAAACUCGACUCCCCAGUUUUAACGGGCGUGUUAUAUGCUGGAUAGUUCAAGCCGGACUUGGCGGCCCUAACAGUCAUGACGGUUCAGGCCAUUCCGGAAAAUCUGCUGGUUCGGAUAAAAGAGAAAUGGGACGCCGUCGGUAUUUAGCUCAUAAUGAAAAAUCUUCUUCCACAAUAAUCUCCUCGUCGACUUGCACAUCUGGACUGGCGAGAGGAUUUAACAAUAAACACCCGAUUAACAAAGCUGGAUUUUCACAAUAUCCACACCAGCAUAGGCGGAAAAAAUGUUAUCUCAGAGGAGCCGGACCAGAGGCACGCCAUGCUGCCCGUGAAUAUCAUUCUUACACCACGCAUUCCUCCUCCAACUCUACGCUGCCCCCCGCCCCUUAUCACCAUUCUCACCCUACCCACGAUCACACUCAUCCUUCAUUUAUUCUUGGAAAUAUUCACAAUCGUCAAAAUAACAAUAAUCCUUACGGCUUUUCUGACACCGAAGAUUCCGCUAGCCGCUUCUCUAGCGUGACUGACGCGGCAGCCCGUCAAUCUUAUAAAGCUCAUUCGAGGCGCGUAGCUGAUGCAGACACCGAUAUAACUGAAUCCGUCGUUUCUGUUGAUGUAAUAGAGGUAACACUCGAUGUGGAGGCCACUAAUUUUCUGGGGAUCUCUAUUGUCGGUAGGAGGGAUAAAAAUGGAGAUGGAGGUUUUGAAAAUGUGAACAUACCAGGGGGAGCUCCAGGCAUAUCCGUUGGAUCCAUCAUGAAAGGCGGUGCCAUAUCUAGAGAUGGGCGGAUAGAACCUGGCGAUGUUAUACUUGAGGUGAAUGGCACAUCUCUUGAUCGAGUAUCGAGUGAUCAAGCAAUAGCCAUUCUGCGCGAUGCUGUUAAAAAACCAGGGAAGCCCGUAAAAUUACUUGUCGCUAAAAUGUGGGGUAGUUGCUCAGCUUCCCGCUUUCGCCACCCGGACCCUCCGCCGCCUAGGUAUUAUUCCGCUGCCGCAGAACGUGACAUAAUAUCUGGGCGGGGUCUGAUUGAAUCUGAUAAAGGUUAUGGGGGAGGGGAGAUGAUAGCCGAUAAAUUAGGCGACAUAAGGAUAGAUGGAAGAACGAACAACGGGAGAAGAGAUUUCGAUAUCCCUGAUUGUGCUGCCUCAAUAUCCCCCUGCGUUCUUCCACCUUUUCCACCCCACCAUCAUAAUGAUGCCGCUUCAGCUUGUACAUCGAAUUCUUUUUCCGCGACUUCCAAUCAUCAUCACGCUCCUUCUUCCUACAAUCACAACAUCAACCAACAUCAUAACCCUAAUCUUCCUCUGCUCCCUUCGGCCUCUUACAACCAUAACCCUUCCUGCGCUAACGUUAAUAAUAUCAUGAUUAAACAGGAUAGGGCAGACAGAUGGCUUCAUUCGUUAGUUGAAACGAUGUGCGUUCCAGAUUCUGGCUUAGAUAUUAGAGACCGGAAUUGGCUUAAAUUGACCAUAAAAAAUGCUUUUUUAGGUUCUGAUCUGGUCGAUUGGCUUGCUGCUAGAGGGUACAGAUUGGACGAGGGAGACAUUUACAAAAGGAUUGGAUCCGGGGAGACUAUUAAUAAUGAUUUACAUUCAACCAGCAGCGGUGCUAGCAGUGGUAGCAGCGGAAAUCGUAAACAGGAAGCAAAAAAGUUGGCAUCUUAUUUGCUCAAAAAAGGAUUGAUAAAGCACUCACUCAGCAAAAAUUCUUUCUCGGAACAAUGCUAUUACGUUAUAAACAUUAAAUGAUUAUCAAAGAUUUCUUUUAUCGAUUCCAAAUUUGUUUGUAAAAGUUUGUUAUUGAUAUGGAUAUUAUCUUUUUUCAAGGAUGCAUAAUAUUUUAUUUAUUUGUUAUUCAUUUUGGAAAUUGUCUGUCACUGAGACAUUUAGGAAAAUAAUUUUUAGAUUUUUUUAAAAAAAUACGCCGAAUUAUUAACUGAGGCCAAUGAUUUAAAUAAUAAAUUUCAAUGAUAAUUGAGAUUUAAAAUAAUUAUAUUGGUUUUAAUUUUUGUUAUUUUAUAUAGUAUAUUUAAAAUUAUAGGAAUUUUUAAAUCUCAAUUACAAGUUAUAUAUCA